AUGGCUGCUCCGAACGUCGAUAACGCCCCGGUGCCUCCCUCCCCACGCUCGUCCCUUGAGCGUACCCUCGCCAGCGCCGCCCCCAGUGUGCAUGACACUGAGAAGACCCCUUCACCUGCUUCCGACCCGUCCCCACCCUCCAGCCCUCCCGCACUUCCCGACGGUGUCUUGACAGGCCGCAAGCUCGCGGUCGUCUUUGUCGCGAUGCUGCUGUCGUUGCUGCUCGUCGCACUCGACCAAACAAUCCUCUCCACCGCCCUUCCCCGCAUCGCCUCCGACUUUUCCGCAUUCACGCUCCAGGGCUGGGUUGCCACAUCAUUCAUCCUCGCACAGACAGUCUUCCUGCUGUUCUACGGACAAGUGUUGAGGAUAUGGCCGAGCAAAUGGGUGCUCAUGGUGGCUAUUGCGAUAUUUGAGAUUGGGUCGCUCGUGUGUGGGGUUGCACAAAACGUCGACAUGCUGAUUGCUGGUCGGACUGUCUCAGGCGUUGGCGCGGCUGGAAUUUUCGUCUCCAUGCUGCAAGUUAUCUCGCAAGUAACGCGGCUCGAAGACCGGCCCCGUCUUUUCGGGCUCUUUGGUGCUCUUUUCGGUUUAUCGAGCAUCAUUGGUCCGCUCAUCGGCGGAGCAUUCACUGACCACGUCUCGUGGCGCUGGUGCUUCUUCAUUAACCUCCCCCUCGGCGGUGUCUCCAUGCUCGGCGUCGCCCUCCUGCUGAAGGCAGCCCCACCACUUGGUGCGGACCCAAACAAGCAGUCAUGGGCCGAAUUAUGGGCGCAGACACUGCGGCUGGACUACAUUGGGGCGACGCUCGUUGCAGCCAGCAUUACGUGUCUGGUGUUAGCGCUACAGUGGGGCGGAAACACGAAGCCAUGGUCUGCUCCCGCUGUCAUCGUCUGUUUCGUGCUCUUUGCGGUCUUCGCGGUGAUUACCAUCGUCUGGGAGAUCCGACUCGGCGAGCGUGCCAUGGUGCCCACGGCAAUCUUCAAGUCCGCCUCAAUUUACGCCAUCAUCGCGUACUGCUUCCUUGCGCGCUUCUCGCUGCUGUUAUUCUCCUACUACAUCCCCAUUUUCUACCAGGCCGUGCGCCAUCACAGCGCGACCCAGUCCGGCAUCGACCUCCUCCCGUUCAUGAUGGGCACCGUGCUCACCGUCAUUGGCUCCGGCCAGCUGGUCGGACUUUUCGGGCGGUACCACCCCUUCCUGCUCGUCGCGCCGCUAUUCCUCGCGGUCGGCUCCGGCCUGCUCUACACUGUCUCCCCCUCGACCACCUCUGCCCAGCUGGUCGGCUUUCAGAUUCUGGCGGGGAUUGGCACGGGCAUGGGCAUGCAGAACUCAUUGCUCGCAAUGCAGGUUGAAUUCCGCUCCGCCGCGGAGGUCCGGCUGCUGGGCCAGGCCACGUCGAUGGCGAGCUUCGCACAGUUCCUGGGAGGCACGCUGGGCCUCGGCAUCGCGGAGCCCGUCUUCGCCUCCGAAUUGUCCCGCUACCUCCUGCGCUACGCCCCUGAGGCGCCGGAGCACGUGGUCAAGCAGAGCCCCACCGCCAUAUGGACGAGCCUCGCGCCCGAGAUGAUCCCCGGCGUCGUGAAGAGCUACACGCAGUCGCUGAGAGUGGUCUUCGUCAUCGGCGUGCCCGUUGCUGGGCUCGGGUUGAUUGCGGCGCUCCUCAUCAAGAACUUGAAGAUCGAAAAACCAGACUCGCCGAAGGCGGCGGGCAAGGAGAAGGAGGAUGUGUAA